GCCUGCCCUACCCCUGCCUGCUUCUCCACUACCCUUUUGAUUUAUUUUAUUAAUCGAUUUAAACAUAUUAUUUUAUUCUGUGUAUUUUAUUUUUAUUUUUACUUUUGCUUAGUGCCCCCUCCACAUCGACCAUCACCAGCAUCAUCAUCUUCGCCGGCAUCGUCCACCACACCCCAGUCUGUUUCGACUGUCAACACGCGCUAAUGAUUCCCCUGUCCCUGCCGCACAAUUCGCCUGCUUGUCUUGUCCCUUCGUUGGGGCGUAGUUGGUCAAUCCUCGUCCUGUCUGAUCCACCGCGAGUUCCAGACAUUAUCUCGUAGGGCCAGCAAUCACAGAACAUUUAACAAUGCUUUUGCUCCCCUCAUCCAUCCUCCUUACCCCCCCUUCUUUUCUUCUUUAUAUCCUCACCUUACCCAUUCCUCUCAGCCUCCAAGUCGGCUCUGGGACUGCCAUCAAGCCAGCUUCCUCAUAGACAACAACAUCCUCCAUCUCUCUCCAGGCAGCCCUCCUCUCGCCUCUCAACCUCGCCGCCUCCUACUCCUACACCUUGCCUCCCUGUACCUUUUCUGAACCAAUUGCGGACUGCGCCCGGAGACUUGAAGAACUAGUCGCACAGUGUAAUAGAGACAGGCAUCUGCAGAUCUACUACAUAUAGUCGAUCGCCGCUCGAGCCUGCUUACCCGGCCACUGUACGCCACGGUUAUGCAAAGUGACCUAGAUCACACCGAUUUCCUUCUUUUCCCCUCACAGUUCGCAAAGAACGCCAAAAUGAUGGCCUUUGAGUCUUCGAGGCAGCACCAUGCCGCAUACUUCCAAGAUUAUUCUGCCGACCCCUCGCUUGUCGAGUCUUUCAACUACACCGUGGACAACCUGGGUGGAUAUGGACAGCAAGAUUCUGGAAUGAACCAACAAACCUUCCAGAACACUGGAUUUGCUGAUUCAUACACCGACAUGGCCAAGUCCAACGGCUUUCCCCUUAUGCCUAUCACACCUCCCGCCAUGCCCAUCUCCAAUGCAGAGCUCUUCUCAGGUGUCUCGACAGCUUCCGGACCUUCUAUCGCAAGCGCCUCUUCCUCUGCUAUGGGGUCUCCCUACUCCGCAAACCAGCACACCUUCCACGACGAUUGGGUGGAUACAAAUCACGGCUUGGGCCUGCAGGCUGCGGUCAUGGGCUCAGAUCUGUUCGCGAACGAGUGCUCAGUAAAUCCUUUCGAGUCUGAUGGAUUUUAUAUCAAGAAGUCAGAUAACUAUAUUGACCCUUCUCUCAUUCAACCAAUGCAACAAUCACAUCUUACCCCCCCUGCGAUCUCAUAUCACGAUCAAUCCGACUACACUUUCGCCCACACGGGCCUCUUCCCUCAGUCGCCUGAGCCGUCUCAGUUUCACCAUGCGGAGAGCUAUAUGCUCAAGCAAUCAUUCGCACAACAAUCAAGCUUACUCCCACCCUCCCCUUCUACCAUGCCAUCAGGUCCUCUCUCCCGCCCUGUGUCGAUAUAUGAUCGCCGGUCGUCAAUAUCGUCCAUCCAUUCCCGCCCCUCACAGGCCAGCCCAGCUGCCAGCGGCACAGAACUCGAUGAGGACACCAAGGAGAAAGGCCGAUGCCCCCAUCCCGACUGCGGACGUGUUUUCAAGGAUUUGAAGGCACAUAUGCUUACCCACCAAUCGGAGCGCCCCGAAAAGUGCCCGAUUGUGACCUGCGAAUAUCACAUCAAGGGGUUUGCUCGAAAAUACGACAAGAACCGACAUACCCUGACCCACUACAAGGGUACUAUGGUGUGCGGAUUUUGCCCCGGCUCUGGCUCUCCUGCCGAGAAGAGCUUCAACAGGGCUGAUGUCUUCAAGCGUCAUUUGACCUCCGUCCAUGGUGUGGAGCAAACGCCACCGAACUGCCGAAAGAGGAGCCCAGCCGCCUCCUCAAAUAAGAGCGUGUCGGAUUACUGCCAGGAUGCGACGGGCAAGUGCUCGACUUGCUCUGGGACGUUCAGCAACGCACAGGACUUCUACGAGCACUUGGACGACUGCGUUCUCCGUGUUGUGCAACAAGAAGAGCCCAGCGAGGCCAUUAAUCAGCAGCGACUUGCCGAAGUUGAUUCUGACGAGGACGUGAAGCAGACGAUGGAGAAACACAGGCUACUCGAUACGGCUGGCUCCGUUGAUCGAUACGACGAUGAAAAUGAUGAUGAUGACGACGACUUUGAUGACCGACGACCAGCCAAAGGCAGCUCCAAGGCCGGCAAGGGAUCAUCCCGUGUGAUCCUGGGUACCAACAAUGCCGUCACCAAGCACUCAUCGAACGCCAACAAGGGAGGCCGUAUCACCGCGUCCAAGCGGAGGAACAAUCGUGACCGAUACCCCCAGUCUUGGGGAUGCCCCAGCGCCAACAUCAAGACGAAGAAGCGCGUCCUCUGCGUUUUCGAUGGACAGCGCCGCCUGUGGAAGGACGAGAUGAUGCUCGACAACGAGUUCGAGGUCCGCCUGAAGCUUCCUGGCGGCGCUGGCGACGGCACCAACCGCGAAGCCUACAUCACCGACUUGGACGUCGAGACUCUGAAGCGCGCAAACGGAAUUCUCAAUGCCACCGAGGAGGAGCGUGGCGCGUGGAUCGACGGUCCCUCUUCCCAGCUCAUUGGGCAGCCGGCCAUGUUACUGCCGGAUUUCCCGCGUGCCCACGAGGGCGACGUUGACAUUGAAGGGUUGAUGUCUUAAUAUCCGGCUAAGGCCUGGCCUUUGAUAUUUUAAUUCAUGUGGCAUACGAUGAUAGCGGCAUUCUGUUUCUUGAUAAAGUUGAUACCACUGCGUUGGAUCUGUUUUAUUAACAUAAAAAAACUGUACUUGUAUAAAGGCUGGACCUUGGUGUUUUUGGAGAGGAAGCAUCUACUUUUCUCAUAUUUAAUCAACUUUUCUGAACACUACUCAAUUCCUUGUAACCUCUUUUUGAGUCACUGGCCUCUGCUAGAGUAGAAUCCUGGUUUAUUCAACUUCUCCAUCCUAUGUCUCUAUCACACUUGUGGCUCAACUUAUCUACCCUACCCAUAAAGUGAGACGAUCCUCGGCACCGGUAGAUUCUUCAACCAUCCGUUAGCGCAUCCAACGGUCACCCAG